AUGAUGACGACGUGCCGUCUGCUUUGCGCCCUGUUGGUGCUUGCCCUGUGCUGCUGCCCGUUUUUCUGCACGAAAGCGGUUGUUGCAGAAACAGGUGUCCCCAAUGAACCGCUCACACAAUCACAUGUUCAAAGUACGGGUGACAGUUCUUCAGGUUUAACUCCUGACACAAUCAAGAAACCGGAUAGUGCCGGUGCGUCACAUAAGCCAGUUUCGGCCGUUGCGGGAGGGGGAUUAGGCGGGUUGUCCAACACACAGGAUGGAGCAAUUACGUCUGGUCUGCCUGGACCAGGUGUUGGUGACGCCGAUUCCCCAGGUUCAACGGGUAAUUCCGAAGAAUUGGUGGUAAAAACAACAACAAAGCAUGAUCCGGCAGUGCCAGUACCUAAUGGAGAGGUUGCGGAAAAGGCACAUAACGCAACGAAUACGACCCCUACGAUAAAGACACCGCCACUACCAAUCUCGGCAGUACUACAGCCAAAAGCAUCACCAGCAGUGACUGUUCCAGAAACAGGAAAGGGCUCAGCGGCACGAAAUCUCUCCCAGUUGUCAAGAGAAAAAAAUAAAGAAAACACAGCGUCACAAACCAAAGCGCUGUCCGAAGCACUGAAACGGCAUCCAGGGGAUGCUGAGGCAGAGCAACAAGAACAAGAGAGCGACACAUCAAAUCUGGUGGAGAUUGCCGAUAACGGCAAACAUACGGAAACGACAUCAUCAUCCAUCUCUAUAAAUGACAGUGACGAUGCCCAGGGUACGGGGGCUGAGAAUAAUGACAAUGAUCCACGGCCCAACCCCACAGAAACAAACGACCACAAAGUUGAUAAUACCAACCUUGCUUCUGCACCCACUGAGACCGCACCAGAAACAGUGAAUACGGCCACCGCCGAAAGAAAUGAAACACUGAAGUCUGAAGGCAGUGACGGCAGCACCGCGGUCUCUCACACCACCUCCCCUCUUUUGCUUCUUUUUGUUUUUGCAUGUGCGGCUGCUGCCGCGGUGGUGGCCGCGUGA